CUUCCCCAGCAGCGCGACGCUUCUGCCUUCUUCAAACCGCCGCCGCGGUCGCAUACAACGCCGAGGCGUCGUAGAGUGAAGUACGACGAAGCAAGUCGCUGCCUUGCUGUUGUUUCCGGAGAUGCCUCCGAAGGGGAAGAAGUCGGCGAGGGCUUCAGUGCCGGUUGCCAUGGCCUCUCCUUCCGACCGCUCUCCUCUCUUCCCCGGGACGCCGAUGGAUCCAUCCCGAGGGUCUCCGGCUGGCGACGACGACGAAGCUGUUCAUCGCCGUCUCCUCGCCGCGGCUGCGGCCAAGUUCCCCGCCCUAAUAUCCGAAGACCGUACCUUCUGCGGACGGAUCACCGAGACGGAGUCGUCGCCCUCCAACGGAAGCCAUGCUAGGGUCUGGCUGUCCUCGGCCGCCAUGAUCUCUACCUCCAUCGCCCCUGGUUCUAUCGUCUCGGUAUCAUUUCCUGCCUCAGGCAAAGCAUAUCUUAACAACUUCCCACUUAAUACUUUAGCUGAGGAAUGUGCUCCACAUUUUGGCUCGGAUGUUGAUGGCUAUAUGGCCAACAGACCAGGAAGUUAUUUUGCAAUUGCAUCUGUAUUUCCAUCUCUCAAGGUUCUUAAGGAUGGAGUAAGACUGUCAUGGGGUCUUUCAUGCACCAUUGGCUCUCCUGAUCUGGGUAGGGCAGUAUUUAUUUGCCCUAUUGAAAAAUUCUCUAUACCACAUUCUUUAAACAAUUCUGAUAGUGUUGCUCCUUCGUGCUUGUGUCAAUGCAAGGACCUUUACCUAAAUCUGGUGGUGUCUAAGGCUGGACUAAAUAGUUGCAACAAAGAACAAUCAACCAGUAAUUCUGGUUUGAGCUCACUUUGUCUUUUGACCAGAAAUGGUGAGGUUGCAUCACCACAGACUCCAUCUCAUCAAAGAAAACUUGCUACAACCGCUGACUCUCCGAUGUACUUGAGAAAAUCUCAUAAUCUUCUACCAACUUUAGAUUCACCUUCUUGCUUGGAUGUGUCUUUUCUAAAGUUGGCAUUAGCAGAUGAGAAAAUUAAGGAGUUACUCCAGAUAUAUUCUGGCCGGUGGCUUUGUGGCCGUCAUUUGCUGAAGGGAAACUCUGUGAGCGUUCCAAUAUGUGGACAAAUCUGUACUUUCCUGGUGGAAGGUGCUGAUAUGCUAUUGGCUGGCAAAGAACUGGAUUCUGAGAAGACGGUUUUGCAGCCUGAUGAGAUACUGAUAUCUAGACCUUUAGAUCAGCUGGAUGCUGUAAUAAUUGUUAAUACAACAACAAAAGUGCAUUUGUUUUAUUCAACAUCUUCAAAGCAGGAAUCCUCAAAUGAAGUAGGUUUCAUGAAUGAGCAAGAAAGAAGUACAGUAGUUUUUGAUAAGGAAAAUGUUCCAAAAUUGGGUGGCUUAUCCAAGGAGUUUGCAGCAUUAAAAGAAAUUAUCUUGUUCUCACUGGAUGAUCAGGAUUCUCUUCCUAGGUACAAAGGGGUGCUUCUUCAUGGGCCUCCUGGCACGGGAAAAACAUCACUGGCAACUUCUUGUGCUUGUUCAGUUGGUGCUAGCCUUUUCUCUAUCAAUGGGCCUGAGGUCAUUAGUGAAUACUAUGGAGAAUCCGAGCAAGCACUGCGAGAAGUUUUUGAUUCUGCCAAACUAGCUGCUCCUUCUGUGGUUUUUAUUGAUGAAUUGGAUGCCAUUGCUCCAACACGAAAAGAAGGAAGUGAAGAAUUAUCUCUUAGAAUAGUUGCUACACUUCUGAAGCUGAUGGAUGAGAUUAACAUAAAGGACCGUGUGCUUGUUAUUGCUACAACAAAUCGCCCUGACAGUAUUGAUCCUGCCUUGAGACGACCUGGAAGAUUGGAUCGUGAAAUUGAAAUAGGGGUUCCAUCACCUGAACACAGAUUGGAUAUACUAUGCACCCUACUAAAUGAGAUAGUUCACUCUCUCAGCUUCAAGGAAAUUCAAUCUCUGGCUUUGGGCACACAUGGAUUCGUCGGUGCUGAUUUAUCUGCCCUUUGCAAUGAGGCAGCAAUGACUGCUCUUCGUCGUUACAUAGGCCAUACCUGUGAUCCUGGACUCCGCAAAGAUGAGGAUGUACAAACUGCAGAUCCAGUAGAUUCACUAUCUUCAUCACUAUUUGCAUUGAAUAUGUCAUCAGAACAGGUUGCCUCUGUUAGUGCUACAAGGCAUUUGGAAAGUUCCGGUGCAUCUCAGCGUGGAUCUUAUGAAUCUCAAAAAGUUGAAGCAGAAAUGUUGCUUAAAGUGACUAUUGAAGAUUUUGAGAAAGCCAAGAUGAAAGUGAGGCCUAGUGCCAUGCGCGAGGUAAUGCUUGAGCUUCCAAAGGUUCGAUGGGAGGAUGUGGGUGGUCAAUCUAUGAUAAAAAGACAAUUGAUUGAAGCAGUCCAGUGGCCACAAAUAUGUCCUGAUGCAUUUAUACGCUUGGGUAUUCGCCCUCCAAGGGGGUUAUUGAUGAUUGGUCCCCCAGGCUGCAGUAAGACCUUGAUGGCCCGUGCAGUAGCUUCUGAGGCAAAGUUAAACUUUCUUGCAGUGAAGGGUCCCGAACUCUUUAGCAAAUGGGUUGGAGAAUCGGAGAAAGCAGUAAGAUCAUUGUUCGCAAAGGCAAGGGCUAACUCUCCAGCAAUAGUUUUCUUUGAUGAAAUAGAUGGCCUUGCAGUUACUCGUGGGCAGGACAGUGAUGGUACAUCGGUUGCUGACAGGGUUCUGAGUCAGUUGCUUGUGGAAAUGGAUGGUUUGGAUCAAAAAAUUGGUGUUACGGUUAUUGCAGCUACUAAUCGUCCGGACAAGAUUGACCCUGCCCUCUUACGGCCAGGACGUUUUGACAGGCUAUUAGAUGUCCAACCACCAGAUGAAAAUGAUCGGGAGGAUAUAUUCCGUAUCCAUAUGCGGAACAUGCCUUGCAGUUCUGAUGUUAGCAUCAAGGACCUUGCUCAGCUUACAGAAGGUUACACUGGGGCAGACAUAAAGUUAAUAUGCAGAGAAGCAGCUCUUGCUGCAUUAGAAGAGAGCUUGGAGAUAUCUGAAGUAUCAAUGGUGCAUUUCAAGUUUGGAAUUAGUCGUGUCCAGCCAUCAGAUCUCAAAUUUUACAGAGAACUCGCAGCACAGUUUCGAAGGCUGGUGGACAAUCAAUCUGCUAGGGGUGAAUGAUAAAAGGUUUUAUCUGUCGAUCAUUCAUGGGUUGAUAGCCAAGUUUUGAGUGUGACCGAUAGUACGACAUCAGAUUUCAGCAUUUCCUCCUGUGAGGGUGAAGUAUGACCGGAGAUUCCUGUACUUCACAGUUCUAAUGUCAAAAUGUUUCAUUUGUUUUCACGCCUAUUAUUCUUUCCUAAGCAUGCUAGUUUGCUAAGUUUUGAGUGAUUUUUGGGUUUUUAUUUAUUGUGGCUGGAAGCGUUCAUGAGGUGACGUUGAAUCAAGCUUUGCUGAUAGGAAUCUCUGUUAGAGAUUUUGGUGACUCCAGAAAGGUGGAAGUUUACGAUGCUUGUACAAAAUAGGCUUAAAAGUGAAGAUAUUAUAAAAAACUCUGCCUUGUGAUCAUCUUAAUUUUAUUCUUUUUGA